CUUCCUGUUUCGCCUCAAUUGCUGAUCUCUCUCUCUGAAUAAUGGCCAGCCUAAACUCGCCGACGUUGCCGUUGCCGCCGGCGGCGGUGGGGAGGAGGGUGACGGUGCUGACCAUCGACGGGGGCGGCAUCAGAGGGAUCAUACCCGGCACCAUCCUCGCUUUCCUUGAGAAGAAGCUCCAAGAGCUCGACGGACCGGACGCACGGCUGGCCGACUACUUCGACUACAUCGCCGGAACCAGCACCGGCGGCCUUAUCACGGCGAUGCUCGCCGCUCCGGACAAGGACAAGCGCCCGCUCUUCUCGGCCGAGAAGAUCAACGAGUUCUACAUGGAGAACGGGCCACGCAUCUUUCCUCAAAGGCCAUGGCCAGAUGUCGUGAGCACGUUGAUCGAGCUCAAGGGGCCGAAAUACGACGGCAAGUUCCUGCGCUCCAAGAUCCAGAGCCUCCUGGGCGCGACGAGGAUGCACGAGACCCUCACCAACGUCGUCAUCCCUACCUUCGACGUCAAGAACCUCCAGCCCACCAUCUUCUCCACCUUCGAUGCUCAGACCAUGCCUCUCAAGGACGCGCUCCUCUCGGACGUGUGCAUCGGCACGUCGGCGGCGCCGACGUACCUCCCCGCCCACUUCUUCCAGACCAGGGACGAGGCCUCCGGCAAGACCCGCGACUUCAACCUCAUCGACGGCGGCGUCUCCGCCAACAAUCCGACAUUGUUGACGAUCAACCAGAUAACCCGGAAGAUGAUCGUGGAGAAGCAGGAGCUCCUGCCCCGGGGCCCGACGGACUACGACAGGUUCCUGGUCAUCUCCCUCGGCACCGGCUCGGCGAAGGGCGCGGCGAUGUACACGGCCAAGGAGGCCGCCGGGUGGGGCAUCCUGUCGUGGCUGCGCAGCAAGGGCGGCUACACCCCCGUCGUCGACAUGUUCAGCUACUCCAGCGCCGCGCUCGUCGACUACAACAUCUCCAUCCUCUUCCAGGCGCUCGGCUGCGAGAGGAACUACCUCCGCAUCCAGGACGACUCCCUCAGGGGCACGGCAGCGACCGUGGACGUGGCCACGGAGGAGAACAUGCGGGAGCUGGUCCGCAUCGGGGAGGGGAUGCUGGCCAAGACGGUGAGCAGGGUGGACAUGGAGACGGGCAAGCCCGUGCCGGUGCCCGAGGAAGGGACCAACGCCGACGCGCUCACCCGCUUCGCCAAGAAGCUCUCCCAGGAAAGGAAGGCGAGGACGAUGUCGUCGGCGUCGAAUCAAGGCAGGCCAGGCGGCGCGUUCUGAUCUCGCGCUCAUGCUACGUACUAGUUACUUGUGGCUACCAAAUUGCGUCCUCAUAGUCAUGUCUAGUGCGGGUGUGAGCUAGAUUCAGGUAUUCAGCUAGUCGGAAUAAGAUCGCCUAGUUAUUGGCUAUGCACGAUGGUAUUGUUCGUCUGCAGUAGUAGUAUUGCUCUGUCCAGGUUUUCAAGGUUUAUUAGACUUUGAUGCGUGUGUGUAUUAAC